CCUCUUGGCCGGGGCCGGAGCGGCACCUCCUCGGCGAGGCCGGGCCGGGCGAGCCGGAGCCCUUUGUGUGCGCGCCAGAGCGGGGAUGGUGCCCGCAGCCGCCCGGAGCCUCUUGCCCAGCGUGACUCAGAUCCUUGUGCUCCCCAGUAACUUACGCAGCUGAAGAACGUGGAAACGUGAAGUGCUCAGGAGAAGGAGCUUGCCAGCAGCUGCCAAGAUGGGCAUGAGGAUUAAACUACACAGCACGGAUCACCCCAACAACCUACUAAAGGAACUGAACAAAUGCAGGUUGUCGGAAACCAUGUGCGACGUGACCAUCGUGGUGGGCAGCCGUUCUUUUCCGGCUCACAAAGCGGUUCUGGCGUGUGCAGCUGGUUAUUUCCAGAGCCUCUUCCUCAAUUCGGGGCUUGAUGCCGCCCGCACCUACGUGGUGGAUUUCAUCACUCCGGCCAACUUUGAAAAGAUCCUGAGCUUUGUCUACACCUCGGAGCUUUUCACGGACCUGAUCAACGUAGGUGUCAUUUAUGAGGUUGCCGAAAAAUUGGGCAUGGACGAUUUGCUGAAGGCCUGCCAUUCGACCUUCCCCGAUUUGGAGAGCUCAGCUGUCACUAAACAGCCCUCCAUGUCCGGUGAAAGGCAGCCGAGUGGGGCUUUGAUCGAACCGAACCAUGAAAUUCGGAACAGUGCGGAGCAGCCUGGACCGGAACGGAAUUCUACUGCGCACGGUGAAGCAGCAGGUGGUUAUAAAGAGGAUCCUGGGAACGAAGCCAGUCAUAAUUUGAUGCCUCCGCAGACUCCCAAAACGGAAGAACAAGAAUCACCUGCCUCAUUCGCCGUUGCCGUGAACAUGGUGUCUCAGGCUGGUCUCAGCAGCGCACAAAACACUGUGGGCUCUUGCCAGCCCUAUAAGAUCCAGAACAACGGGGACUUCAGCAAAGGCAUUUUCUUUUCCUGCGACGCCUCGCUGGAUAUCUCCACAGGCAGUAACUCCUGCCCCAGCAAUAGUGACCACUCCAAGGACCAGGGCUUUGGCCAUAUGGAUGACCUGCAGCUGGAAGACCUGGGAGAGGAUGAGCUGACCUUUGAAGAUCCCACCGAGGAGCUGGGGGCCGCCGAAGAAGUCAUCGAGCUGAGCGACGAUAGCGAGGAAGAGUUGCCUUUUGAACACGACAGCCGGGACAGCAAGGCCAUGCCCUGCCAAGUGUGCAAGAAAGUUCUAGAACCUAACGUGCAGCUGAUUCGCCAGCACGCCAGGGACCACGUCGAUCUGCUGACCGGCAACUGCAAAGUUUGCGAGACCCACUUCCAAGACAGGAACGCGAGGGUCACCCACGUCCUGUCCCACAUUGGGAUUUUCCUCUUUUCUUGUGACAUGUGCGAGACGAAGUUUUUCACUCAGUGGCAGCUUAACCUCCACCGCCGGGAGGGGAUAUUUGAUAACAACGUCAUUGUCCAUCCCAGCGACCCACUGAUGGGGAAGGUCAGCUUGUUUAGUGGGGACUUGGCUUGCGCUGCCUGCGGCAAGGCACUGGCCAAAGAUUUCCACGUGGUCCGGGCCCAUGUCUUGGACCACGUGAGCUUGAAAGGCCACACGUGCGACCUGUGCAACCAGCGGCAUCUAAACCUCUGCAGCCUGAUGUGGCACACGCUCUCCCACCUGGGGAUCUCGGUUUUUUCUUGCUCCAUUUGUGCCAACAGUUUUGUGGACAGGCCUCUCCUGGAGAAGCACAUGGCGGUGCACCAAAGCAUGGAGGAAGCCCUCUUCCGGUGUCACUACUGCGGCCAGGCGUUCAAGCUGGAAGCCGCUUACCGCUACCACGUCAGCCAGCACAAGUGCAGCAACAGCUUCGACCUCGUCCGGCCCAGUUUCGGGAAUCGCCGCCACCCGCCAGCCCUGCAGAAGCGGAAGCUGUCCGAGGAAUUCCUCAGCGAGGACGUGGCUCUCCAGAGCCAGCCCGGGAACAGUAAAUACAGCUGCAAGAUAUGUGGGAAAAGGUUCGCCCACACGAGCGAAUUCAACUAUCACCGACGGAUCCACACGGGGGAGAAGCCCUACCAGUGCAAAGUGUGCCACAAGUUCUUCCGGGGACGUUCCACGAUCAAGUGCCACCUGAAGACGCACUCUGGGGCGCUCAUGUACCGGUGCACGGUUUGUGGCCACUACAGCUCUACCCUUAACCUUAUGAGCAAGCACAUAGGAGUGCACAAAGGCAGCCUCCCUCCUGAUUUCACCAUCGAACAAACUUUCAUGUACAUCAUUCAUUCCAAAGAUACGGAGAAAAACACAGACAGCUGAUUCUCCAGAAUUGGGGGCAGGCCGUACUCGCGGUGUAGCUCGCUUCAGUUCAUUACUUUUAAUGGUCAGGCGUCAUCAUCAUUCUUUAAUUCCCUUUGCCUUGUUUGGGGGAGUCUUAAAUGGCUGUCCUGUGAAAAGAACAGCACGCUCCGUGUGAUGUGGUUCUCCGGAACCCCUGUUGUGUUUACCUCCUGCCGACUCCAAGGCUUGUUGUCUGUAAUCUAGGCGAUAGACUCCCCCUCCCAUCGGUGGUUGCUUCCCCCCCCCCCUCCUCCACUCUCUGAGAUCACUGAAAGAUUUAUGCUGCUAAGAUAUAUUGAUGCUACACACAUCAAUAGACGGGAAUCGCGUGGGAGAAAGCAGGAUGAAAAGGGAGGUGUUUUGAUGCUGCUGCUGGGAGGUUAUGCAGUACAAGAACUUAGCGUGUAGCCCUGAGCAAGUUAACUUGGGGCACGUCUGCACA